UAAAUAAAGCCCUUUACGGUGGUGGAUGCCCUUAAAUGCCAAAAGCACACAGCUUCUUGGGUGCGAGCGAGCUGGAGAGGGAAAAAUACAAUGGAGAAGGCUCUGGUGAAAGUAGAAAGCAUAAAAGCUGGAAGCUUUUGGCUAUCAAAGAAAGCCAAGGAAGAAUUCAACAAUGUCGCUCAAGACCUCACUACUGUUUCAAAUGUUGUUGAAGAGAAAGCAAAAUGGAUAUUUAACAAGCUGAAAGGAAAGCCAUCGAGAAGCUUACCAGAACUUCUACGAGAGUACAACUUACCAGUAGGCCUUUUCCCUCAGAAUAUUGCGUGUUACGAGUUUGAUGAGUCGAAAUCGAGGCUGACAGUGCACUUACCCUUCUCUUGCGAAUUGAGCUUUAAAGACUCCUCUGUGAUAAGAUAUGCCCCCCGGGUCAAGUGCAUUCUCCUAAGGGGCAAGCUCAUGGGUAUAGAAGGAAUGAAAACGAAGGUCCUCGUAUGGGUCAAGAUCACAAAUGUGGCUGUUGAGGGCAACAAGUCGGAAAAGGUUUGUUUCACUGCUGGUGUGAAGAAGUCGAAGCCAAAGGAUACUUUUGAGAUGCCUCAUUAUGCUGUUAAAGUAGACGACUUUUGAGAUUAGGGUGUCGAAGUUUAUUAUGGUCAGGCUUGAUAUGAAUUCGCUAACUAGGCUUCUCGACUGGUUAGGACUCAUUUCUCUUCAGUUUAUUUAGCACGAUGAGGAUAAUUCUUUAUCAUGGUUUUGGACCUUAUAAAUUAAGACCAGUUGAAAUUAUAUCGUUUCUUGCCUUUGGAA